AUGUUAGCAUAUGAAUGUGAAGCUGAUCAAAUCGACGAGUAUUUAAAACUUGGUGCUACUACAUCCAAGGAGUGUCUUGCUCAUUUUGUUGAUGGUGUGAUAGCACAGUUUUCUGCCACUUACCUUCGGAAGCCGACACUUGAAGAUCUCCAACAUCUCCUUAGAGAAGGGGAAGAUAGAGACUUUCCUGGUAUGAUUGGAUGCAUCGACUGUAUUCAUUGGGAAUGGAAAAAUUGCCCCGCUGGUUGGAAAGGAAUGUAUCAAGGAAGAUCUAAAACAGCGACUGUAAUUUCGGAAGUCGUUGCUUUAAGGGAUUUAUGGAUUUGGCAUGCUUUUUUUGGUACACCUGGUUCUUGGAACGACAUCGAUGUACUCCAACUCUCUCUUGUUUUUGACACUAUUCUUAAUGGUCGAGCUCCACGAGUACAAUUCAAUGUAUACGGAAAUACCUACAAUAAAGGGUAUUAUCUAACUGAUGGCUUGAUUUGCAAUUAUUCGAAAAUCAACUUCGGCAUGGAGUGUGACUAUGUUAUGGAAGAUCAUGAUGGAAUGCAUCAUUAUUCAUAA